AUGGGUCAGAGUCAUUCAUACCAAUCUUUAAGAAUCCAAAAUAGCUUAAAGCAUAAGCACACCCAUCGAUUAUCAGACGGAGAUCGUCCUCAUGGAUCAUCAAAGACAUUUUGCAUCCUUUUUGAUUCUGAACAAGUCAACAUCCAAGUACUGGACGAUAACUUGACCUGUGGCUGACUAUUAUCUGAAGUAAUUCGGCUCUAUAAAGGAGAUAAACAAAUAAUAGGUCUCCAAACUGUAAAUAAUAUAGAUAUCCUUGAUUACUGACUAAGCGACUAUGAAAGACCGCUUCAACCUUUCAAAGACAACGAAACUUUUGUUCCUAUAUAUGAACAAGAAAUUUCAAACGAAAUAUCAACAGCUCAUUUUUUACCAAUAAGGACUAUAGGAAAAGGAGGAUUUUCAAGGGUGAUUGAAGCCAGAAAGCUAGACUCUGGGAUUAUUUAUGCAAUUAAAAUUAUGAGCAAAAGCUUUGUCAUUAAUGAAGAAAAAGUUGUACAGAUAUUAACUGAGAGAAGCAUUAUGGGAAAAGUUAAGCAUCCUUUUAUUGUAGAUUUGCAUUGAGCCUUUCAAACUGUAAUUUCUAGCUAGGGGAGAGAGCUUUUUCUUGUCAUGGAUUUUUGCCCAGGAGGAGAGCUAUUUUUUCAUCUACAUAACCUUGGAAGGUUCACUGAAAAACAAGCCAAAUUUUAUUUUGCUGAAAUUUUGCUAGGAUUGGAGUAUUUGCACAAUGUGAAUGUUAUAUAUAGAGAUUUAAAGCCAGAAAAUAUUUUAUUAGAUAUGGAUGGUCAUAUAAAAUUAAUAGAUUUUGGCUUGUCCAAAGAAUCAGUUUCUAAUAGAGGGAGAAGCUAUUCAUUUUGUGGAUCGCCAGAAUAUAUGAGUCCUGAGAUGCUGAAAGGCACUGGGCAUGGCAGAGAGGUUGAUUUUUAUAGCCUUGGAGCUUUGCUGUUUGAAAUGUUAACAGGCCUUCCUCCAUUUUAUGACUCAAAUAGAUCGAAAAUGUAUAUGAGAAUUCUUCAAGAAGAAUUAAACUUACCAAAUUUCAUUAGUGAAGAAGCAAGAGAUUUAUUAUCAAGACUCCUUGAAAAAGAUCCUGAAUUGAGGAUUGGAUCUACUAUUGGGGCCGAAGCAAUUAAAGCGCAUCCAUGAUGCCAAAAAAUUAAUUGGAAAAAAAUUGAAAAUAAACAGAUUUUGCCACCUUUUCGACCAAAUUUAAGAUAUCCGAAUUUUGAUCCUGAAUAUAUGGCGAUUCCAAUAGAUUUAAAUGAAUUUUUCGAAAAUUCUCCGAAUUUGCCAAAUGACCCUUUUGAAGAAUUCGAUUUUUCGGGCACAGAAAAUGAGCAAAAGCUCUCUUUAUUUCCUAAAAAUGCCGUUCAAGCAGACAUAUCUGCUAUAUCAACCCAAGCAAGCAAGUCUACAGGCUUCAUAAGCCGAAAUAUUUCUUUGACGACAGUUUCAGCAAUUGCUGAAGAAGAAGACGAUGUAAACACUACUCAUAUCAAAGAAUUCCAGCCUGCAAGCUCGCCUAGAGCUUUAUUAGAUCAAGCAAAAAGAAGGAGAGAUACAGAAGUUUCUGAAAAAAAAUUUACAUUUUCUUUGAAAGAUUUAAAAAAUCCUCCAAAGAAAAGAGCUCUUAAUUUAGCGAUUUUCCCCAAAAAUUCAAAGCCUGCCCGAAUAAUUAAUGAUAGACAAAAUACAGAAAUUUUGGUUAAAAGUCCUAAGCCUUAUUUAACAUUUGACAAAGAAAUAAAUCAAUUAGCUGAAUCAGCAUCUCCGUCAGUAAGAAUCGCUAAAAAACAAAAAAGGCACACAUUUAAGCCAGAAAUAAUGAAAAAAGCUCCAAAAUCCCAAGAAAUUUUACAAGCAAAUAAAAUAUCUGAUGUUUUAAAUGAAAUAGAAAAGAAGCUAAAAGCAAAACCGGCUAAAAAACGAAUUAUAAAAACUAAAAAUAAUGUAAUAAUUUAA